AUGGAUAGUAUCCCAUCGGACAUCUAUGCCAAUGACGACAAGCUACCUGACACUGGCUCAUUAGGUCGUUUCCCGGAUGAGAUCAUUCAGCACCUCCUUCGCUUUGUCCCACCUAGGGAUAUUUUGCAAUGCUUUCAGCUACUGUGUCAUCGUUUCUAUAGGUUAGCAAAUGAAGGCUUGCUUUGGAGAUAUCAUUGCCGGAGUACCUUUAAAUACUGGCACCCGGGUCAUGGCUUUGGCGAAAAGCUGCAGGCGACGGUGGCAAGUGUCGACUGGAAGUACUUGUUCCUGUUGAGAACACGCAGCAACCAUACCAUCUCCCAGCUUCUUGAUGGUAUUGUGGAAACCAAGGUUGGCCGUUUAAAGAAGAUUGAGAAGAUUUGUCGUCUGGGGUAUGACGCCAAGGACUUCCUUUUGGUCCAAUGUCAUAUACAUGAGUCCGCGUCAGAUGUUCUAGCGAGGAGCAAUGCCAUCCUCGACAACAUUCAUCGGAGCAUCGCCCUUGAGGAAUGGUCCAGGCUUGGUCUGGAUCGCGAUUCGCUGUCUGCACAAGAUGCCGCGCAGAGACUCGAAAGAGCACUCGGCGCCUUUGACAUGUUCGUGUUACACGACCAAACUGGUGACCUAGAUGACGCCGGAACAGAAUUAUCGAAAUCUUCGAAAUUGUUUAAUAGUGGCAUUGAACAGAUGGGUCAGGCGUUGCGGCAUGAAGAACAUGAGUCUAUUCCACUCAUAUCCAGUGCCAUAUUUUGCUGUCUCGCCGCGAGACUGGGGCUCAAUGCUCAAUGCUGUGCUUUGCCUAGCCACGUCUAUGCAAUUGUCUUCGCUCAGUCCGGAUAUACUUUGGACGGGGAUGUUGAUUGCUACCGUGAGCAACCAGAAAGGAUGUACCUCGAUCCGUAUGGGCUCGACAACGAAGUCCCUGCUUCCGACCUACAUAACCUACUAGCUCACUAUGCAUGGCAAACAAGCACAGGUGCAUUUUUAGCUCCUGUGCCCCCCAUAACAAUGGUGCUAAGGACCGCUCAAAAUAUCAAGGCGACUUUUGCCAGGAUUCUGGAACUACAAGACGACGCCCACCCAGAAUUGAGCCAGCUUCUGCGUGGUAACGACGCAAUGAACGUGGAUGCUGCACUGUAUUCAGCCAUGUGGUCAUCUCUGAUGCUGACGCCUCCUGAUACUUUUGAAUGGAAUGAUAGGUUAGCAAGUUUUCUACACCGAUUUGCUGGGUCAUGGCCCGAAGACGUAUGGCUGGUAGAGAAGUAUCUUUGGCCCAUGUAUAACAGUUUCACUGCGCUUCGUCAUGGGUUUGCCCGUCAUGUAAAUCGCGGCUUGGGAGACCCGUGGGAUCACUGGCGUUUGGCUCGAGACCAAGAUGACCUGAUACCACCCAUGUCCCGGAGAGAUUUGGACGGCAAUCAGUCAGUGAAUUUUAAGAUCGGCCAGGUUUUUCGACACAGGCGUUAUGCUUGGAUAGGCGUGAUCACUGGCUGGCCUGACCAAGGCACACAGCAUUUGCCUGUGGCAACGUCUCGAGACACAGAUGACGAGUCAGACACUGCCGCCCCGGGCGAACACCCACGAGUACCUGUUCGGCUACCGAAUCAGUUCUAUUUUAUGUGCUUGUAA